AUGAACUGGACAGGAGGUCAAUUACAUCGACAUUCCGCUCGCCCAGGUGUUUUAUCCAAAACGCGGCGACAGAACUUUGCCAAGUCUCGCAAACUGACCACCAGCAGAGCAUCGGCUCAACCACCGCCAUUUUGCGGGUUUCCAGAUGAGCUCUCCAAAGAUGACACAGAAGAAAUAGCAAAGGCAAACCAGACCACAGAGCCAGGCGAACCUUCCUCUGCCAAAAACCUCUCCAAUAACAGACUGGGUAUCUUGAAGCGACGACUGCUUCAACAGCCAGACUGGGCUGCUGUAUCUGUUGCUCGUCCACUGGAAUUCAAAUUCGCUUCUGUGAAGGAGAACGGCCAAUUUGCAAGGCGACGGAAAUUGACUGACCUGGACCAGAAGCGCUUGUCGACGAAUGGGAAUCCCAAUUUACCUGAAGGCUUCGAAAGAAGGCUUCCAGUUUCCGAGAACAUUGGCUUGGGUCAUGUAAAAAUACGCAUUGACGGCCAGCUUGUCGGCUCUCCAUCAGAUGACACUCGAGUACUAUCCAAUGACAAUCUGUCGUCAUCUUCGAUGCUUUUGAACUCUGAACCCCCCGUGCUCUUUCAACCAGAAAUUCAAGGUUCCUCCCCAGUUCCUCCAUGGAAGGUUUCUUCCGGGGGCCUUUCACUCCAGCCAAGCCACGACCAUGCGCCACUCCGUCGCGAAGAACCAGAUAUUCCGACCAAGACUCUAGAGGCGGAAUAUUCCGAUCCUGCUGGCUACGAUGUUCUUCGACCUGUUGCCUCAAAUAUCGAUAUUUCUAACGGCUCACCCUAUCGCUCCCGAGUGGAAAUAGACCGGGGCACAACCAUAGCAAAUUAUCCUGGGAAUACAGCUGGCUCGCCCUUACCAAGGCGCCGCUUUACGAUUGAUGAUCAAUUGCUUGAAGAAAGGAUGCGACUUGAUACCGAAUUGAUAUCGCCUCUACGGCUUCACCCUAGAUCUUCUUGUAGCCUUCGACAGGCAGCCUCGCCGUCACCCACACUAUUCAUGUCCGAGGUCUCUUUCGAACCCAUUGUUUCCAGUUGGCUUCCACAGCCAAAGCGAACUCCACAGCACAGCAGCCCACUCGACUCUCGCAGUUUAUCUAAUAAUCAAAUGGAAUUGUUCCAACCUACCGUGGAUGAGGUGCCUCGCUCAAGCUUAUCGAAUCUAUCUUUGGAGGUCAUAGAAAACAUCGGAUGUGCUGUGUCAGUGAAAAUCUUCGGUCAGGUCGUCCAAUUGUAG